AUGUCUUGCCGUCCAGUCAGCCCUGGCGUCCUGUCGAUCAUCAAGUCUAUCCCUUCACGCAAUCUCGUCAUGCUCGAUCUCUGGCACGGAUUUCAGUUGCCACACGAUUUCUCUCCUCUUUUGUCCACCAUUGAGGCCUUCCCGAAGCUCUCUACACUCGCCCUGAACUACUUCCUGCCAGGCCCGACUCCUCUCGACACCACCCGGCCAUCGUUCUCGUCCAUCCUGCACAUCACGUUGCGCGGCUGUUCGGUAACCUCCACGGACCUCGUCUACCUCUGCCCCAACCUCGAGUCCUUGAACCUCUCUCUCGACCACGUAGACCGCUCUGUGGCCGGUCACAUGGACCCCCGCCCAAGAUGGCCCAAGCUCUCCCGCCUCAUCGUAACCGUCGGCCACACGACGAGGUGGGGCGGUGGCUUCACCACGCUCGGCGCCGCCGAGGUGCAGACCGUGCUCUUCAAGCUGCUCGAGCGCCGCGCGAGCCCCGUCCCGCACCUCGAGCUCGCCGGCGAGUGCGAGCUCACCCGCGACGGCGUCACCGCCGUCGACACCGACGCGUCGCGCCGCCUCGCCCGCCUCCUCGCGGCGCUCCAGCCCCGCGCGCUCACCCUCCCGGUGCACGCCGGCUUCCACAUCCCGGACAGGAGGCUCGACGGCCGGCUGUGGACCGAGGUCGCGCGCGUGCUCCCGCGCCUGCGCGCUCUGACGCUGCGCCGCGUCGGAGCGGACGACUGGGAGCUCCCGGACGCGCUGCCAGCGGCGCUGGCGCAGCUCCAGCUCCGCUGCCUGUUCGUCGACGCCAGCCCCGUGGACCGUUCGGGGAGCAGCAGGUACAGCUCGCCCCGCAUGGAGCUGGAGCGCGUCAGAGCGUUGGACGCGCUCCCCUCGAAGCUGCUUGCGGCGCUCCCGAAGAUGCGAGUGCUUGGAAUCACGGGGACGGCGGCGCUGCCGGACGCCGUGGUGGACACCAGCGAAAAAUGGGGUCUGGAGGAUCUGAGGAAAUGGAGGAAGGGGUACGGCGAGCGGAACACGCGGUGGUGGCGCGUCGACGGCGAAGGGGCGGAGCGGAAGUUGGUUGAACUCUGGCGCGAGUACGGAGAGCAAGCGCAGCAGCUGGUAGAAAACGCAGAGAAUUAUCGCGUCGCGGACCUGGCCGAGAUAUACUUGGACAAGUGCCGCUACGAGCCAUAA